UCUGCUCUGCUCUGCUCUGCUCACUCUUUCCCCUCCACCAUUGAAGAAACAUGCGUUUUCUUCUCCUCUUCUUCCUUUCCCUUAUUCACCAUUUCCAUCUCCUCCACUUCACCACCGCAAAACCACCUUACGUGCCGGAAUACCGGGCAUUACUCUCCCUGAAAACUGCCAUUACCGAUGACCCACAAUGUGCUCUUCUUUCAUGGAAUAUCUCAACAAGUCAUUGUACAUGGAGAGGUGUCACGUGCGACCGGUAUCGUCACGUGACUUCUCUCGACAUCUCUGGUUUUAAUCUCACCGGUACUCUCACGUCGGAAGUUGGUCAUCUCCCUUUUUUGCUCAAUCUUUCUGUAGCUGUUAACCAGUUCUCUGGACCCAUUCCUAUAGAGCUCUCGUUUAUACCAAAUCUGCGUUACCUUAACCUCUCUAACAACAUUUUCAAUUUGAGUUUCCCUCCCCAGCUUACCCAUCUCCGGUACUUGAAAGUUCUCGAUAUUUAUAAUAACAAUAUGACUGGUGACCUUCCGGUUGGGGUUUACAAUUUGACAAAUCUUCGACAUCUUCAUUUGGGUGGCAAUUUUUUUAGUGGCAGUAUUCCACCGGAGUAUGGUAGAUUCCCAUUCCUAGAAUACCUUGCAGUUUCUGGAAAUGCGCUCGUCGGUAUGAUACCUCCGGAGAUCGGGAAUAUUACCACACUUCUUGAGCUUUACAUUGGAUACUACAACACGUUUUCCGGUGGGUUACCGGCGGAAAUAGGGAACUUGUCGGAGCUCAUUCGGUUAGAUGCUGCAAACUGUGGACUUUCCGGUGAGAUUCCGCCGGAGAUAGGGAAGCUUCAGAAAUUAGAUACACUGUUCUUGCAAGUGAAUGGUCUUUCUGGGUAUGUUACACCGGAAUUGGGGAAUUUAAAAAGCUUGAAAUCUUUAGAUCUAUCAAACAAUAUGCUCUCCGGUGAAAUACCGUUCACAUUCACAGAGCUGAAGAAUCUAACUCUGCUAAAUCUUUUCCGUAACAAGCUUUACGGGUCGAUACCGGAGUUCAUAGAAGAUUUGCCGAAACUGGAAGUAUUGCAGCUUUGGGAAAACAACUUUACCGGAAGUAUUCCACAGGGUUUAGGCAAAAACAGUAAGUUAACAAACGUUGACAUCAGUACCAACAAAUUAACCGGAAAUUUGCCCCCAAACAUGUGUUCCGGCAACAAGCUACAGACGUUGAUCACUCUCGGAAACUUCUUGUUUGGCCCAAUUCCAGAAUCUUUAGGUGAGUGUCAAUCACUUAAUAGGAUUAGAAUGGGAGAAAAUUUUCUAAAUGGGUCUAUUCCAAAAGGGCUAUUAAGUUUGCCCAAGCUUUCACAAGUAGAACUUCAAGAUAAUCUUCUCACUGGUACAUUUCCAGUGACUGGUUCUGUUUCAGCUAGUCUUGGACAGAUUUGUCUUUCGAAUAAUCAUUUUACGGGGCCUCUACCAUCGAGCAUUGGUAAUUUUACUGGUGUUCAAAAGUUGCUUCUUGAUGGGAACAAAUUUUCUGGUCAAAUUCCAGCUGAAUUAGGGAAAUUGCAGCAGCUGUCGAAAAUGGAUUUUAGUGGUAACACUUUUUCAGGCCUGAUUCCACCGGAGAUAAGCCGGUGCAAGGCUUUAACUUAUGUUGAUCUUAGUAGGAAUAAGUUAUCUGGUGAAGUUCCUACUGAGAUCACUGGUAUGAGGAUACUGAAUUACUUGAAUGUAUCUCGGAAUCAGUUAGUUGGGAGUAUACCUGCACCUAUUGCUGCAAUGCAGAGUUUAACUUCGGUUGAUUUUUCGUAUAACAACUUAUCUGGAUUAGUUCCGGGUACUGGUCAGUUCAGUUACUUCAAUUACACAUCAUUUAUUGGUAAUCCAGAUCUUUGCGGACCCUAUUUGGGUCCUUGCAAAGAAGGUAUUGUUGAUGGGGUUAGUCGACCUCAUGAGAGAGGUGCAUUUUCGCCUUCUAUGAAGCUUUUACUUGUUAUCGGAUUGCUUGUUUGCUCGAUUGUGUUUGCUAUUGCUGCAAUUAUUAAAGCUAGAUCGUUAAAGAAGGCGAGUCAGGCUCGUGCCUGGAAGCUUACUGCUUUCCAACGCCUGGAUUUUACUUGUGAUGAUGUAUUGGAAUGUUUGAAAGAGGAUAACAUUAUUGGUAAAGGAGGUGCUGGAAUAGUAUACAAGGGGGUAAUGCCAAAUGGUGAACUUGUUGCUGUUAAAAGGUUGCCGGUUAUGAGCCGUGGUUCUUCCCAUGAUCAUGGGUUUAAUGCCGAGAUACAGACACUUGGGAGUAUUCGACAUAGACAUAUUGUUAGAUUAUUGGGAUUUUGCUCAAAUCAUGAAACAAAUCUUUUGGUUUAUGAGUACAUGCCUAAUGGAAGCCUUGGUGAAAUGCUUCAUGGAAAGAAAGGAGGUCACUUGCAUUGGGAUACCAGGUAUAAGAUAGCAUUGGAGGCUGCAAAGGGACUUUGUUAUCUUCAUCACGAUUGCUCGCCUUUGAUCCUCCAUCGUGAUGUAAAAUCAAACAACAUUCUUCUGGAUUCCAGCUUCGAAGCUCACGUUGCUGAUUUUGGGCUUGCCAAGUUUUUGCAAGACUCGGGAACAUCAGAAUGCAUGUCUGCUAUUGCUGGUUCUUAUGGCUACAUUGCACCAGAAUAUGCAUACACACUCAAGGUAGAUGAGAAGAGUGAUGUAUACAGCUUUGGUGUGGUUCUGUUAGAAUUGGUGAGUGGGAAAAAGCCGGUUGGAGAAUUUGGUGAUGGCGUUGACAUAGUCCAAUGGGUAAGGAGAAUGACAGAUGGGAAAAAGGAAGGAGUUCUCAAGAUCCUUGAUCCAAGACUCUCAACAGUUCCCCUUCAUGACGUGAUGCAUGUGUUCUAUGUUGCAAUGCUGUGUGUCGAAGAGCAAGCUGUUGAACGCCCCAAAAUGCGCGAGGUUGUGCAAAUGCUAACUGAGCUUCCCAAGCCAUCUGGUCCAAAAACAGAAGAUUCAACAAUCACUGAGUCGCCCCCAUCAUCAGGUCCUGCAUUAGAGUCUCCCACUUCGACUCCUGGAGACACGAAAGACCAGUACCAUCAUCAGCCAUCACCUCAAUCUCCUCCACCUGACCUACUCAGCAUAUGACCUACAAUGUUCCCUUCUAAUAGAGGGUGUAAUUCUCUUCCUUUAGUUUUAUUAUCAGUUUUAUUGGGGGUUGGUUUAUUGUUUAGGCGAUAAGCUUUUACUAGGAAGUGAGUUUCAUUGUACAGUAAGAUUGACUAAGGUAUCUGAGUAACUUUAUCCUUCAAAUUUUCCCAUUUGCUGUUUAGCUUUUUGAUAUUGAAAGAAUCACCACUAGCCACUUUUCAUCAUUACUAGAAAUU